AAAAUUCCAUUCUGCUUGGCGCCUUGUUGCAUGUUGAAUGCUAUCCUUGCUUCUCUCUAAGACUCCCCUGCCCUUUUCAGCCGCAGGCCUUGCAAUUUCACGUUCUUUUUCACAGAACGCAUUGAUCUUUAAUGCUCCCACUUCUCCAAUUUACUAUGCUUCUUCACAUCCUAACCGCCAUUGGUCUGAGCAAUUACUUGAAAUUUGCAAGUCCAUGGACCAACUCAAGCAAAUCCACUCACAAACCAUCAAAAUGGGUCUUAGUUCCGACCCUGCUGUUCAAAACAGAGUCAUAGUCUUCUGUUGUACGAAGGAUUCAGGGGAUGUGAACUAUGCUCGUCACCUGUUUGAUACAAUUCCUGAACCAACCGUGUUCAUUUGGAAUACCUUGAUCAAAGGUUACUCUAGGUUAGAGCGUCCUUCCAAUGGUGUUUUUAUGUAUCUGCAAAUGUUGAGGAGGAAUAUCAAGCCUGACCGUUACACAUUUCCGUUCUUGUUAAAGGGAUUUAAACGUGACAAAGAUUUGCGGUAUGGGAAAGAGUUAUUUUGCCAUGCAAUAAAAUAUGGGUUUGGUUCUAAUUUGUUUGUUCAGAAGGGUUUUAUACAUGCAUUUUGCUUGUGUGGCUUAGUUGAUAUGGCUCAUAAGGUUUUUAAUAUGGGUGAUGAGUGGGAAGUGGCAACCUGGAAUGCUUUGAUAUCUGGGUACAAUAGAGUUAAGCAAUUUGAGAAAUCAAAGAAGCUUUUUAACGAGAUGGAAAAGAAAGGAGUAUUGCCCAAUUCAGUAACCUUAGUUUUGAUGCUUUCGGCAAGCUCCAACCUGAAGGAUCUAGAUGAGGGCAUGAAGAUCCGUGAAUAUGUCAAAGAAGGCAUUGUUGAACCUAAUCUCAUACUGGAAAAUGCCUUGAUUGAUAUGUUUGCAGCUUGUGGAGUAAUGAAUGUUGCACAAGGGAUUUUUGACAAUAUGAAGACUCGGGAUGUGAUCACUUGGACUUCCAUUGUUAGUGGGUAUGCCAAUGCCGGUCAAAUUGACCUGGCUCGAAAGCAUUUUGAUCAAAUGCCUGAAAGGGAUAAUGUUUCCUGGACUGCCAUGAUUGAUGGAUACCUUAAACUGAAUCGUUUCAGAGAAGCUUUAGAGCUUUUCCGUGAGAUGCAAAUUUCAAAUAUAACACCAGAUGAAUUCACCAUGGUUAGCAUUCUAACAGCAUGCGCGCAUCUGGGAGCACUUGAACUAGGGGAAUGGGUUAAGACUUACAUUGACAAAAAAAGUAUAAAAAAUGAUACUUUUGUCGGGAAUGCUCUGAUAGACAUGUACUUCAAAUGUGGAAACAUCGAAAAGGCAAGAAAAGCAUUUAAGGAAAUGCAUCGUAAAGACAAAUUUACAUGGACAGCAAUGAUUGUUGGUUUUGCCAUUAACGGCCGUGGUGAAGAAGCUCUCAAUAUGUUCUCAGAUAUGAUAAAAGCUUCAGUUAUACCAGAUGAGAUAACCUAUAUUGGUGUCCUGUGUGCAUGUACACACACAGGCAUGGUGGAGAAAGGAAGAGAAUUUUUUGCGAGCAUGACCACCCAAUAUGGAAUUAAGCCCAAUGUGACACAUUAUGGAUGCAUGGUUGACCUUCUUGGUCGAGCUGGUAAUUUAAGAGGAGCACAUGAAUUCAUUGAGAAUAUGCCAAUAGAGCCAAAUUCAAUCGUCUGGGGAUCCCUUCUUGGUGCCUGUCGCGUCCAAAGAAAUGUGGAACUCGCAGAAAUGGCUGCUAACAAGAUUCUUGAGCUAGAACCCGAAAAUGGAGCUGUUUAUGUCCUGCUAUGUAACAUAUAUGCUGCCUGCAAAAGAUGGGAAAAGGUACGAGAAGUAAGGAACAUCAUGAUGAAUAGGGGUAUUAAGAAAAUACCAGGAUGUAGUUUGAUAGAGAUGAAGGGUGACGUUCAUGAAUUUGUUGCUGGAGACCAGUCACAUCCUCAAUCUAAAGAAAUAUAUGCCAAGUUAGAAAACAUGAUGCAAGAAUUGACAUAUGCAGGGUAUACACCUGAUACAUCAGAGGUCUUCCUUGAUAUUGGAGAAGAGGAUAAGGAAACUGCAGUUUACCGGCAUAGCGAGAAGUUGGCUAUUGCCUAUGCUCUUAUUAGUUCAGGACCUGGUGUCGCUAUAAGAAUUGUGAAGAACCUUAGAAUGUGCGUGGACUGUCACCAUAUGGCCAAGUUGGUCUCUAAAGCUUACAGUAGGGAACUGAUAGUUAGGGAUAGAACCAGAUUCCACCAUUUCAAGCAUGGUUCUUGUUCAUGCAACGAUUUUUGGUGAAGUAUAAACAAAACAUUUCCCUGUUUAUUAAGUCAUAUGGACUUUUGUUCUCAUUUGAUCAAUAAAUUCAUUAGAUUCGUUUUG